AUGCUUGAUAACAGACUUUCAAGAUACUCAAGAGGUUUAAUAUGGAGCACUGCUCAAAAUGGAGAGUUGCCUAUAGGAAAAGGUGAUAAGUUGAAUAAAGAUCAAAGCCCCAAGAUUGAUCAAGAAGGGAAGGAACAAAGGACAAACCAUAUGCUUCACUUCUGGGAUGUGAAUGUGAUGUAUGCACAAUUCUGUGUUCUCAAUAGGUUUCAAGCAAAUCCUGGAGAAGCUCAUUGGGUGGCAGCCAAAAAGGAGGUGCAAUUUCCUGAAAAAGCGCAAAGCAAACCUCUAUAG